AGAAAAUACUAGCUUUUGUUUCUCUCAAAUAUACCGGUCUUAACAAGUGGAUCCAAGUAUUUUAAUCAUUUUGUUUCUGUAAGUAUUAUUUGUAACUGUGGGAGUGGGACCUAUUAUCGACAUUAUCAAUCCCUGCUUUGCUCGAACUGCGAACUGUUCUGGCUGUGAUGUGAUGUGUGAAAACAUCGCACCACUUUCGAGCUUUAUGCUGAAAGCUUUCGAACGACUUUAUGCUUCAUAGCAAAAGCUCCUGGUUUGUAUGUUCGAAAGCGGAUGGGGUGGUCGCGCCCGUAAACAACACUAGCGAGCUAUGUAUGUCAAAUGCUUGGCCUGUCAGUAGUUUUCUUUCUGCACACGGGCCAUACAUCAUCAUACACACAAUCCGCUCGGAAGUCUACUUGCAGGCGUAAAAUGUUAACAUCUUUUUAAAUAUUUACCCUUUACAAUCAUCACAUUAAACAACGUCCACAGAUCAACCACGAGAUCUACGCCCUUCCAUCAAACAGCUGAUACCAGGAAAGUCGAGUCAGGAAAAAAAAUCUUGUGGAAAGCAAUUGUAUCUCGCGUCGGUCGCUUUCAAUAGAAACAUUGCAACUCUGGGUACGAAGUUUAACUCACGCUAUAACCACUCGAUAGAUAUACUGGACCGUGAAUCGGAAACAGUCCUGCGAAGACAAUGGAUUUCAAAUGUCCACUCUGUGAUAUGCCAAUGCCGUCACUGGAGAAGCUCAAGCAGCACAUCAAGAAUACCCAUAGUGCAUAUUUUUACGAUACCUAUCUCUUCCCGCCGGAAAUGCUGUUUCCAGGAGCGCCCUCCAGUGUCGCGACGAACAAUUUGGAAGGAGUGAUAACGAGUGAACCGAUUUCUACACCGGAAGUUACGAUCGAACAGACAGAAGAACCGUGCUGUGUGUGCUGCGAGUACGAAACGGCCGAUGGGGAUGGAACCGAUUGUGGGUUGUGUGACUGCAACUGCGAGGAUGACGCCGGUGCGGAAUGUGAUGACUGUAUGGUGAUGUAAGUAAAACUUUUAAAUCUUAUCUGGCUUUCAAAAGCACAAACUCAACGUAUUGCAACGUGGAGAGCUGCCUGAGGGAAUCCCAAACAGAGACAAACUCAAAGCAUUACGUAAAAUCGAUGUUACACAUAUAGUUUUUUGAAAGUGCCUAUACUUCUGCAAAAAUCAAACAUAACGGUUACAGAACAUUCACUCAAGAACACAAAAUACUUAAACAUUCGAGCUCAAAAUGUUGAUUUUUGUAUUAGCAAACGUUACGUAUCGAACAGCAAUCAGAAUUCUUCCAAUCGA